UACCUGUUUCUUUCUCUUGCACUCACUUGCUCGGUAUGGAACUUGAUUAUGUAGCUUACGGUGAAGUGAGAGAAAACUGAAUUUAUUACAACUAAUUAUUAGUUCAUAGAUAACUGCGUGAAAUGGCAGAGGAGUGUUUUGAAGACCUCGAUCCAUUCAACUGUCCCAUCUGUCUGGAGGCACUCCAGGAUCCAGUGACGAUUCCCUGCGGACACAACUACUGCAUGAGCUGUGUUAAAGACUACUGGGAUAGAAAUGGCAGCAAAGACACGGGCUACAGAUGCCCUCAGUGCAGGAAGACCUUCUCGCCUAGACCUGUCCUCAACAAAAACACCAUGUUUGCAGAAGUGGUGGAGCGGUUUAAAAACACAGGCCUUCAGGAUCCUCCACCUGCACGUUAUGAUGGACCUAGACGCACGGAAAGAGAAAUCCACACAGCAACAAACUCCAAAAACGUCAAGAUGUGUCCAGAAAGUGAGGAUUUGUGCUGCAGGGCCCAGCUGAGAUACCAUAACCGUGACUAUCCCAGAGAAAAGCACACAGUUAUUGUUGUAAACGGGGAACCUAAAGGAAAUAUUUGUUUGCAGCACAACAAGCUACUGGAGUUUCCUUGUCGGACAGACCAACGGUUCAUCUGCCCACUGUGUCUUAAUGAAGCCCACCAAGGACAUGAAGCCUUUUCAUUGGCACCUCAGAAGACAAAAACACUAGAGCGCAGUACGACUCUAGAGAAACGAGAGCACAGGAGUACAGACAAAACAACUGGACAUGGUAGGGGACAAUGUAAAAGGAGGACUCAUGGCUCUAGGCAUAGACAUGGACAUGGACACAGGAGCGGACAGACCCGGGGCUCACGUGCUAAAAUAGGGCAUCAAACUCACCGGCAUAAAAGCAGUAAACACAGAGAUCAAUUGCAUGGGCACAGUCAUGGUGCUGGACACCAGAAGAGACGACUGGGAAUCAUGGUCAUGACAGGACCUGGCACUAGAAGAACCUCUGCGGAUCAAUUUAGAGCUGUUUGAACCUUGAUUUUGAGCACAAUGUUACAAGUGCAUUUUUGUUAUCUAGAGGAAUGUUGCUUAUGCUGGAUUCGGACACGGACUGAAAGCUUGCGUCAUUUAUUUUGUGAGUCAGCAAUCCAUUUCUGGAUGCAUUUUAGGUUCAUUCUAUUGGAUUGCGCAUGAUUGUUUGAUGCUGUUUGUUCUCAAUUCAGUGAAACACCCAACACAUCUAAAAUAACUAAGAUCACAUGUGUUAUUAAUACUGAAAACAGCCGGUUUUGAAGAGUUAUGAUGUUUCCUGAAUGUUGUAUCGGUUUUAUUUUUAUUUUUUAGCACAUGUAUUAGGGAUUGUUUUCUUUGCAGCUGUUUAAUUACUAAAAUGGCUUGAUUUUGUGACAACUUCAAAUUAAAAUUUCAUGACUUUUCAGUUCAGUGCUCAUAACAAAAAUCAAUUUCUUGCAGAGAGAGAGAGAAAAAAAAAAAGUAUUGAGUAAAGAAAUUCACAUUAUUGUUUCCUGGCCUGGAAAAAAACUAACUGUGAAUUAUUUACUGUUUGUAUUACUACGGUUUGGAAUUUCCCAUUUUUUCUCAAUAAAUAAAAGGAUUAUUCAGUGUCUUUGAUUGGUUAAGCCAAUCUAUUGGAAACAUCACUAAAACAUUCAAAUGAGAAGGAAAAUUACAUAAUAUAUUAAUUCCUAUUGUACCGAAAAUGACUGUGGUUUGUUUUAAAAAAAAAAAAAAAAAGUACUAACACUUGUGAUAAGUAUGAAAAAGUUACCGUUUUCCAUGUAAAUUAAGUUCUUACCACAUCAUUAAUUUGCAGUCUAAACAUAUCUUGUGUAUUUUCCCUUAAAAAAUUAUUGUAAUAUGGUCACACUGGAAAACUUAAACAUAAAAUAUCAAACUAUCCAGUGAGAACAUGAGGUGUUAUAAAUGACACUUGGAAAUGAGAUCAGAUCUGAUCACACUUCUCUCUCUAC